AUGAAGAUUCUUUAUUUAUUUAUUUAUUUAUUUAUUUAUUAGAAAGAACAACCGGGAAGAUCCCGUCGUUUGUUCAAUGGCGAACUGAUUGAAUUCCAUGAUUGUUUUUCUUUUUCGAUCGCGGAAGUCUUCGAAUCCCACUAAUUUCAAGCAAUGAUUCGACAUUGCUUUGUUACGGAACUCUGCUUUAAUGCCUAAUCGAGGAAUCGUUUUACCAGAUUAACAAAUUCAAGAUUCCCGUUGGAACUGGAAGUCAAAAAUCCGUUCCACUUUCCAUUUCUCCUUUUCUCUUUUCUUGCAGAAGGAUUUGAUUUUAUUGUCUUCGUUGUGCGUUCCUCCUUUGAAGUGAAGUGGAUUUUGCCAUCAAUCGCGGAUAGGGGAAGCAAUUUGAGAAACCGAGACGAUGGCGGCGGCAGUCUCUUGUGUUUGAACGUUCCUGGUUUUCAUACCUCGUUUUUUCUGUUUUUCUUUUCCUUAGUCGGUGAAGAGGCGUGGCGUAAUGGAAUUACAAAGCUACGUAUUUUGAUUUCAAUAAAAGCUUGAAAUCUCCUUUAAAACUUCAUUUGUGAGAGAAUAAUUUAUGCUCUUUGGCCAGUUGGACUUGGAUUAUACCCUUUUGGAUAUACUGGUAUCUGCCUUGUAGCUGAGGAUUUUGAUUAAUUUUGGCUGAUUUCAUCGUUUUUCUUUGUUCAUUAGACAAGAAGAGGUUCUUAAGAUUUGGAAGAGAAUCUGAUUUCAUCGUUUUUCUUUGGUCAUUAGACAAGAAGAGGUUCUUAAGAUUUGGAAGAAUUUGAUAGAGUCUGAAAUUGAUGGGGGCUGCAAAUUCAAGGGAGGAACCAUCGGUUCCGUCCGUUUCAUCAUCGUCGUGGAGUGAUGCAUAUGCUCAAUCCCCAUAUACUCAAACCCCUUAUGCUCAGGAAACAUACGCUCGACCCCCAUAUGGUCAGCAAAGUCAGAGUUAUGUGCCACAGCAAUCAUUUUCCUCACCGCAGUGUUACCCUCCUCCUGAAAACUACCAUGGUGGUGCUGCUGCUGAUAAUAGAAAGAAGUUCGACAGACGAUACUCGAGAAUUGCUGAUGAUUACAAGUCCUUCGAGGAGGUAACAGGAGCUCUUGCUCGUGCUGGGCUCGAGUCAUCCAAUCUCAUUAUUGGAAUUGAUUUCACAAAGAGCAAUGAAUGGACAGGUGCAAGAUCAUUUAACAAACGAAGCCUUCAUGACAUCAGUAAUGGUCCCAAUCCUUAUGAACAAGCCAUAUCCAUUGUUGGGAAAACGAUGUCUGCUUUUGAUGACGAUAACUUGAUUCCGUGUCUUGGAUUUGGAGAUGCAUCUACACACGAUCAAGAGGUCUUUAGUUUCUAUCCAGAAGGGAGAUUUUGUAAUGGAUUUGAGGACGUGUUGAAUCGUUAUAGGGAAAUCGUUCCCCAUCUACGUCUUGCAGGACCAACAUCAUUUGCCCCUGUUAUUGAGAUGGCAACGACAAUUGUGGAGCAGAGUGGUGGCCAAUAUCACGUUCUGUUGAUAAUUGCUGAUGGGCAGGUGACUAGAAGUGUGGACACUGAGCACGGGAGGCUAAGUCCACAAGAGCAGAAAACAGUUGAUGCCAUUGUGGCAGCAAG